ACACAUAAAUGUAAUGAACAGUUUCAGAUCGUUAGUUUUUUCUUUUUAAAACUUUUUUAUAUAAGGAACUGUGUUUGGAUUUGCGUUAGUGGUGUGGGAAUGUAUUGGUUGAUCUGUGUAACGUGUGCAGCGUCUAUAGGAAUAAAAUAAAACCACAGGUUGGGAAGUUCAUCAGCAGUUUGUCGUUCCUGCUCGUAUUCUUUUACCUACAGAUCAGUGUAAUGUGAGUUGGGUAAAGUCAGUUCCAUAUCUAAAGCACGAUCAGUUACACAAGACAUCCUGUUGUUACUCACAGUAUUCUCCAGUUCAUUUUAACCUGCUUUACAGGAAUAAUCGAAUAAAAAUUACAUACAAAAUUGAAAAUCUGUUCACAAUUGUGCUGCUUGCUUGGGUUUCUUUAAUAAUCUUCAGAUCAUGACUUAGGUCAUUUUUGAGGCAGAAGAUGGGUUAGACUGAAUAAGAAUUACAGUUUAAUUGUUAGAUUUGGAUUCUAACAAAUGUGAUAGUUGUAUAAAUGUCAAGUACAAAACAAAGGGAAUACAGUAGGUACUGAAGAAGCUGUGUAUGUUUACUCUGGGGAAUAUCAGUUACUUUUAAACAAAGUAAAAUUCUGUGUAGUUAUAAAAAAAAAUCGCAAGUAUAAUAGCAAAUAUUUGAAGCAAUGCAAUGUUUCAUCUCUAUUUUGAAUGAAAUAUAAUGAUAUCUUGCCUGCGAAAUUACACUGUGUUUAAAAUGUGACCAAAAAUGUAGUCUUCAUGUGAAUCUGUAGCUUUAAGAAUUUUUAUUAGACCAUGUCAUACUUUAUUUGGCAUUCUUUUUAACAAUUUAGCCAUAUUUGUUUAUUUAUUUAUUUAUAUAUAACCCUAACCCUUGUUUUUAUCGAUCAAGGUAAACAGAGGUGUUGGUCAAUCAGAGUGCCCGGAUGAAACGGUGGGCUUUGAUUUGUCCUUGUGUUCACUCCGUCACACUCCCGGAAAUGUAGUUUGAAGAAUAAACUGCAAAUCUGUAAUCUUCCCUUUGUUUUAAUUAAAAUGUAAAUAUUAUGUAAAUCCAAUGAUAUUACUUCACGGUUAAGGAAAAAUAAAUAAACGUAAACUUGCGAAAACGCUUCGAAGUUUAACAAACGCGCCGUUCGCUUGGUUUUUAUUUUUUAUUUUUACUUCCUGGUGAUUACGUAGGAGCGUGCUGACGUCACCGCGCACUUUGGCACUUCCGUAAACCAAGCCAGCGGUUGAUCCUGAGCUCGAGACCGAGCGCUGCUGUUAGUUACCUGUUAGCAUCUGUAGCUACUUUAAAGCGGCAGCGCCUUCAUGAGGAUUCACCGGGUGGGGUUUAUUUCAUAAAGGUUUAUUUAGCAUUUUCUGACUGAAAGGACAGCGCGCGGGUUCGGUGUGCUUGGGGGGAAUAAAUAUUUAUAUGACUGUCUGAGAGGCGCAGGCGCACAGUUAGCUAGCAUCCGCGCUAAUAAAGGAGAGAAUCUGCGACAAAAAAAAUAAUCCGCUGAAAAUGACUUCCGGUCGUUACCGCUGAGGUGUUUAUAUCACAGACAGAGCUGAGAGAGAGAGAGAGAGAGAGAUGUGUUGAAUGGAGAUGUGAAAGCAGAGAGAGAGAGAGAGAGAGAGACAGAGGCGCGCGCGGUGGGAAUGAUGAGUAACGUUAACGUGAACGCGCAGGACCGGAGUCCGGACUUCGUGCUCAUGCGUUUGGUUUCUGCAGCCGAGUAUGAUGACCUGGAGCCGGACCGUGAGGAGGUACUGGAGAAGAGCAGCGGGUUAACCCCAGGAGGAGGAGGAGGAGGAGAGGAGCCGAACUACAGUGCCGACACGCAGACAUGUCAGUGGAUCCCUGUGCUCAGACUCGGUACCAGUGAGGAACCUCAGGAACUUCAGGAAGGUCUCUGUCACAGACACGCACACCUAAAGGACCACUCUAUAGGGGAAAAACCGGGCCACUUCACUCCCAACGACUCCCUCAGAACCGGGACCGGGACUUCCACCCUGGAUCCUGUCCUGAGUCUAGCUCGGCAGCUGGGUGAGAUCGGACCGAGCUCGGACACCACGCAGAAGGACGAAGGAGACGUCAUGGUGUGCUCCUGUCAGCCCAGAGAGGACCCGAGUGAGACCAGCGAUGCCCUGCUGGUGUUGGAGGGUUUGGGUACGAACCAAGUAGGACACGAGGGUGCGAAAGAGCAGACGAGUUUCUCUCAGACUCUAAGCGACUCCGGGUCUCUGAGCGGCCUGAUGCGCCAGCUGACCUCUGACCCUUGCUGUCAGGAUGGCACCGCCCCCCUGGCCCCUCUGAGUCGCCCGCCCACCCCGAAACAUGUGGGCUCGGCCCUGCAGCUCUCGGCCUGCGGCGGCAGCGUUGGCAGCGUUAACGGCAGGAGCAGGGCGAGGGAGCGGGGGAAGUCCAGGAAGGGCUCUCUCAAAGUGUGUCUGAGCAAACUGUUCCGCACUAAAAGCACCGGCAGCACCGACGUGGGUCACAUGACCAACAAGAGGCCGUCCCUGGCUUCGUCCACGUCGUCCGGAGGCAGCCUCGUCGACGUGUUCGGCCCCGGCGAUCCCGACACCACCAGGUCUCAGAUGGUCAGGUCUCACAGUGCCUCCUACUCUCCUGUUCCCUUCACCGGUGAGACCAUGUCUCUGGUCGAUGUGGACAUUUCUCGAAGGAGUGUAAACUCUCUCCAUCCUCCCACUCCUCCUCCUCCACCCAGGAGAAGUCUCAGCCUGCUCGAUGAUUUGGGAGCACCUCAGCCCGGACGUUUACUCUCCUCAGCGCAGUCACUACAGCCUUCACACACACACUCACACACACACAUCCACCACAGCUUGAGUCUGAACGAUACGACUCUCCGCAGUGUUCUGCCUAGGCCACGCCCCCUCCAGAACGACAACCAAUCAGGAGGUCAGGUGCAGCGGCGGUCCCUGUUGUGCCCUCUGACCAGCAGCUUCGCCACCAGCCUCCGAGAGCUGGAGAAGUGUGGGUGGUACUGGGGGCCGAUGAACUGGGAGGAUGCGGAGAUGAAGCUGAAGGGGAAGGCAGACGGCUCGUUCCUGGUGCGAGACAGUUCAGACCCGCGAUACAUCCUCAGCCUGAGCUUCAGAUCGCAGGGGGUCACACACCACACCCGCAUGGAGCAUUACAGAGGAACGUUCAGUCUGUGGUGUCACCCGAAGUUUGAGGAUCGUUGUCACUCGGUGGUGGAGUUUAUCGAGCGAGCCAUCAUGCACUCCAAAAACGGACGAUUCCUGUACUUCCUGCGCUCACGAGUUCCAGGUCUUCCCCCUACCCCGGUGCAGCUCCUGUACCCAGUGUCUCGGUUCAGCAGUGUGAAGUCUCUACAGCAUCUCUGUCGCUUCUGCAUCAGACAACUCGUCCGCAUAGACCACAUAGAAGAGCUACCACUGCCCACGCCUUUGAUCGGGUACUUACGGAAAUUCUAUUUCUACGAUCCAGAAGAGGAGAAGAACCUGUCAAUCAAAGAAUCAGGGCGGGACUCCAGUGCACAGGAGGCAGAGUCUCAGACGUAGCAGGAACAGAAGAUGGAUAGAGUCUUUAUUUUUUUUUGGAUUUGGAUUACACAGAGACCUGCUGAGACCAAACAUGGCUGAGUUUUGAUUGACAGAUGGACUACUGAUCUUAUUUUUUUUUUUUUUUUGUAAACACUGAAGGACGAAUCACUUCUUCUGGAGGUGUUGUGAUUGUAGUGGCAUUUCUAACAAUGAUCCUCCCUCCAGGAGGGAAGGGGAAGUGGAAACCUGCUGCUGAAACAGGAUCAGGUGUUAAUGUGAAGAUGUUCUGAUGCACUGAUGGUGAAGAGCGGUCACAGAAUGGCGUGUGGAACUGUGACGAGAUCAAACUGGACAUGUUUCUGCUUACGUACGAGGUUCUACUCAUACUUGUGUUCUCUCAUGGUCAGUAUAAGGGUAAGGUGUGUGUGUGUGUGUGUGUACAUAGCGUGUGUAUGGUGUAUAUGGAACUGUAUGGAGAUGAUCUCUUCUAUCCAAACUAAAUGACUGUUCAAACUGGAGCUGUAGGUUCUGCUGUGUGUAACAGGACCAUGUUCUCCUAAACUCAUCUCCCAAACACAAUGUGGAAAUAAACAUGGAGUGAUUUAAAAACACAA